AUGUCUCUUGUUGUAGUCAUUGUUUCUCUAAGUUUCCCAUUACCAACCACUUCACAACCUCUCAUAUAUCCCAUCCAAGGCAAGUCACCACCAUCACGGUCACCAAAGUCUUCACCACCAUCAUCCAUUCACGACAAUGAUGUCCCAUUUCUACCUCUUUCACCUCCAUUAAUACUACCCAUUUUUCCUAUGGUCCCGCCCUUCAUACUACCUAUUUUGCCAUCUUCACCUCCUAAGACACAGAAACCCAAACCUCCCCCUAAGAAAAAGGAAUCAAAACCUCCUUCCAAACCUCCUCCUAAGAAAAAGGAAUCAAAAACCCCUCCCAAACCUCCUCCUAAGAAAAAGGAAUCAAAACCUCCUCCCAAACCUACUCCUAAGAAAAAAGAACCAAAACCUCCACCAAAGAAAAAGCAACCAAAACCUCCUUCCAAACCUCCUUCUAAACCUCCUCCAAAGAAAAAGGAACUAAAACCUCCUCCUAAGAAAAAGGAACAAAAACCUCCUUCCAAACCCCCUCCUAAGAAAAAGGAACCAAAACCUCCUCCUAAGAAAAAGGAACCAAAACCUCCUCCUAAACCUCCUCUUAAGAAAAAAGAACCAAAACCUCCUCCUAAACCUCCUCCAAAGAAAAAGGAACCAAAACCUCCUCCUAAGAAAAAGGAACCAAAGCCUCCUCCCAAACCUCCUCCGAAGAAAAAGGAACCAAAACCUCCUCCUAAGCAAAAGGAACCAAAACCUCCUCCUAAGAAAAAGGAACCAAAGCCUCCUCUUAAACCUCCUCCUAAGAAAAAGGAACCAAAGCCUCCUCCUAAGAAAAAAGAACCAAAACCUCCUCCUAAGAAAAAGGAACCAAAACCUCCUCCUAAGAAAAAGGAACCAAAGCUUCCGCCUAAACCUCCUCCUAAGAAAAAAGAACCAGAACCUCCUCUUAAGAAAAAGGAACCUAAACCUCCUCCUAAGAAAGAUAAGGAACCUAAACCUCCUCCCAAGAAAGAUAAGGAACUUAAACCUCCUCUUAAGAAAGAUAAGAAACCCAAACCUCCUCCUAAGAAAGAUAAGGAACCUAAACCUCCUCCCAAGAAAGAGAAGGAACCUAAACCUCCUCCCAAGAAAGAUAAGGAACCCAAACCUCCUCCUAAGAAAGAUAAGGAACCUAAACCUCCUAAGAAGGAGAAAGAACCCAAGCCUCCGAAGGAAAAGGUUCCUAAGCCUCCCAAAAAGGAGAAGGAACCCAAGCCUCCUAAGUCACCUUCACCUCCUAAGUCAGCCCUACCCAUUCCAAUACCCGACCCAAUACCUAAACCACCGGCUCUUCCAAUCCCUGAUCCAAUACCAGAUCUACCUAAACCACCAGCUCUUCCAAUACCAGAUCUACCUAAACCACCGAUUCUUCCAAUACCUGAUCCACCUAAACCACCAGAUCUACCAACACCAGAUCCACCUAAACCACCAGAUCUUCCAAAACCCGAUCUGCCUAAACUUCCAAUACCUGAUCUACCAAAACCACCAGGUCUUCCAAUACCUGAUCCACCUAAACCACCAGAUGUUCCAACACCAGAUCCACCUAAACCACCAGAUCUUCCAAUACCCGAUCUACCUAAACUUCCAAUACCUGAUCUACCAAAACCACCAGGUCUUCCAAUACCUGAUCCACCUAAACCACCAGAUCUUCCAAUACCCGAUCCACCUAAACCUCCAGAUCUUCCAAUACCCGAUCUACCUAAACUUCCAAUACCUGAACUACCAAAACCACCAUCUCCUCCAACACCUGAUUCACCUAAACCGCCAGAUCUUCCAACACCUGAUGCACCUAAACCGCCAGAUCUUCCAACACCGGAUCCACCUAAACCGCCAGAUAUUCCAACACCUGAUCCACCUAAACCACCAGAUCUUCCAAUACCAGAUCUACCUAAACUUCCAAUACCUGAUCUACCAAAACCACCAGGUCUUCCAAUACCUAAUCCACCUAAACCACCAGAUGUUCCAACACCAGAUCCACCUAAACCACCAGAUCUUCCAAUACCCGAUCUACCUAAACUUCCAAUACCUGAUCUACCAAAACCACCAUCUCCUCCAACACCUGAUCCACCUAAACCGCCAGAUCUUCCAACACCUGAUGCACCUAAACCGCCAGAUCUUCCAACACCGGAUCCACCUAAACCGCCAAAUCUUCCAACACCUGAUCCACCUAAACCACCAGAUCUUCCAAUACCUGAUCUACCUAAACUUCCAAUACCUGAUCUACCAAAACCACCAGGUCUUCCAAUACCUGAUCCACCUAAACCACCAGAUGUUCCAACACCAGAUCCACCAAAACCACCAGAUCUUCCAAUACCCGAUCUACCUAAACUUCCAAUACCUGAUCUACCUAAACCACCAUCUCCUCCAACACCUGAUCCACCUAAACCGCCAGAUCUUCCAACACCUGAUGCACCUAAACCGCCAGAUCUUCCAACACCGGAUCCACCUAAACCACCAGAUCUUCCAACACCUGAUCCACCUAAACCACCAGAUCUUCCUAUACCUGAUCUACCUAAACUUCCAAUACCUGAUCCACCUAAACCACCAGAUGUUCCAACACCAGAUCCACCUAAACUACCAGAUCUUCCAAUACCCGAUCUACCUAAACUUCCAAUACCCGAUCUACCAAAACCACCAUCUCCUCCAACACCUGAUCAACCUAAGCCGCCAGAUCUUCCAACACCUGAUGCACCUAAACCGCCAGAUCUUCCAACACCGGAUCCACCUAAUCCACCAGAUCUUCCAACACCUGAUCCACCUAACCCACCAGAUCUUCCAAUACCUGAUCUACCUAAACUUCCAAUACCUGAUCUACCAAAACCACCAGGUCUUCCAAUACCUGAUCCACCUAAACCACCAGAUGUUCCAACACCAGAUCCACCUAAACCACCAGAUCUUCCAAUACCGGAUCUACCUAAACUUCCAAUACCAGAUCUACCAAAACCACCUGGUCUUCCAAUACCUGAUCUGCCUAAACCACCAGAUCUUCCAACACCCGAUCCACCUAAACCACCAGAUCUUCCAAUACCCGAUCUACCUAAACUUCCAAUACCUGAUCUACCAAAAACACCAUCUCCUCCAACACCUGAUUUACCUAAACCGCCAGAUCUUCCAACACCUGAUACACCUAAACCGCCCGAUCUUCCAACACCGGAUCCAUCUAAACCGCCAGAUCUUCCAGCACCCGAUCCACCUAAACUACCAGAUCUUCCAAUACCCGAUCUACCUAAACUUCCAAUACCUGAUCUACCUCAACCACCAGGUCUUCCAAUACCUGAUCCACCUAAACCACCAGAUGUUCCAACACCAGAUCCACCUAAACCACCAGAUCUUCCUAUACCUGAUCUACCUAAACUUCCAAUACCAGAUCUACCAAAACCACCAGGCCUUCCAAUACCUGAUCUACCUAAACCACCAGAUCUCCCGACACCCGAUCCACCUAAACCACCAGAUCUUCCGAUACCCGAUCUACCUAAACUUCCAAUACCCGAUCUACCAAAACCACCGGAUAUUCCAGCACCGGAUGCACCCAAACCACCGGAUGCUCCAGCACCCGAUGCACCCAUACCACCGGAUGCUCCAGCACCCGAUGCACCCAAACCACCCGAUGCACGCAGCGCACCAGAUGCUCCACCACCGGAUGCACCCACCCCACCAGAUGCUCCACCACCGGAUGCCCCCAGCCCACCGGAUGCUCCACCACCCGAUGCACCCAGCCCACCGGAUGCACCAGCACCGGAUGCACCCAGCCCGCCGGAUGCACCAGCACCGGAUGCACCUAGCCCACCGGAUGCAACACCACCCGAUGCACCCAGCCCACCGGAUGCUUCACCACCGAAUGCACCUAGCCCACCGGAUGCUCCACCACCGGAUGCACCCAACCCACCCGAUGCUCCACCACCCGAUGCUCCAACACCCGAUACACCCAGCCCACCCAAUGCUCCAACACCCGAUGCACCUAGCCCACCAAAUGCUCCAACACCUGAUUCACCUAAACCACCAGAUCUUCCAAUACCUGAUUUACCUAAACUUCCAAUACCUGAUCUACCUAAACUUCCAAUACCAGAUCCGUCACCCGAUACACCUAAACCACCAGAUCUUCCGGCACUUGAUCCACCUAAACCACCUGAUCUCCCAAUACAUGAUCUACCUAAACUUCCAAUACCUGAUCUACCUAAACCACCCACUCUUCCAAUACCUGAUCUACCUAAACCACCAGAUCUUCCAAUACCAGAUCUACCUAAUCCAAUACCUAAACCACCACCAUCCAUUCAUGGGAAGCAAACAAGAACGCUACCAAAGACUUCUUCUAUACCACUACCACCUUCCUUUAUUCAUGAUGGUGUUAUUCCAAUACUACCUCCUAUACCUCCAUUAAUAGCACCUAUUUUGCCACCUCUGCCUCCAUUACUACCACCCAUGCUUCCGUUACUACCACCUUUGCCUCCAUUACUACCACCCCUUAAAUCACCUUCACCUCCAUCACUACCGCCUCUUCCAUUACCUGAAUUAGUAGUUGACCCAUGA